AUGGUCAUUCGAGAUCUUGCAUCGGAUAUCGGAGUCAAGUCACUUGAUACCAGUUCCCAGGUCGCCGGACUGGACGGGUUAAUAGCGCCUGAUCUAGCAUUAUCACUCUUCGCCAUCUUCCUAGAACACUAUGGCCGAUGGGUCCUGUUAGACCCGGAAGCCGACCCUAAAGCUUUACUCGGAAGAGUCAGUCGGUCCCCGUUGCUCCUAUGUGCCUGCUUCUUAAUCGCUGUCCGACAUACGACUGAGGCUCUGGCGACCAGCCUCGCCCCGAAGCUCUACCAAUGUGCCCGGUCGCUGAUUUCGGCUGCCCUGCUGGUCGCGCCCCAGCCGAUCGAGUUCUUCCAGGCGGCCCUCGUGCUCUCCAUGUGGUCGACAACCGUGGGACAAGUGCCGCUGAGCAUUGACAGUUGGCUCUUAAGUGGGUUUUCCCUGCAGCACAGCCAGUCCAGCCCACUGUUCGAUCCGGUCAAUAAUGCUGGACCGACCACACGGCUCUCGAAAACAACCCUUGACGACUGGUGUCUGUGGAAUCAUUUAUGUCUGGUGCAUCUUCACUACUGCGUUGGCACGAGCCGUAAGUCUAUGUUGCAUGCCUCCCAGAUAGCACGCUGUCGAGCAAUCCUCGGCUCUGACCAUGCCACAAACUACGAGUUGCGCAUGGUAGCGGAGAUAUAUCUCUACUGGACUGUUUAUGAGAACAUCUCCAGUGAUGUCAUCGAUCUAUUGAAGUCCAUCGCUCAUUUGCAAGGCUGGAAGAAAGAAUGGCAAUUCGUCUUGUUACAACCACGCGCGCAAUUCCUCCUCAUGGGCUUUCACUUCGCCCAUCUCCUUCUCUACGACCAGUCCCUCAAAACAAAAACCGCCAGAGCCCGUGAAUCUCUGCUUUCGGAGAUGGUCCGCCACUCCACUCAUAUAAUCCACCUGGCAAUCGACACAACCGAUGAGCGAACUCGCCAUCUGAGCGACCACAUCUACCACAUGAUCACCUUCGCUGCGAUUAUAAUCUGCCGCUUGUUAAACGGAUACGCGGAGCAGCUGUCCCCGAGUCAUAACAUCGCUGAACUGGAUUCGUUGAUCCUCAAUCUGGUGGCAUGGCUCCAAUCUAUUGGACUUCCCUGCCAUGCUGCACAUACCCUAGGGGAUAUUAUUGCGAAGGUCCAUCAGAAGGUGCGACCUGGAGCGGAGCAACCAGAGUGUCCCGAACAGAACGAUAAUUGGCUGGGAGGGGACCUGUUGAGUUACUUUCCGGAGUUUCUGGGGGUGGAGCCUACAGCGGAUGGGAACUGGGAUUUGUUACCGAGUUGGGGACUAAGCCCUUGA